GGAGCCCCGCGGAGCCCGGCGAGCGGCGCACACGCUGACGCCCGCCCGGCCCCGCGCCGCCGCGGCAGGCCCGGCAUGGAGGGGGAGUGCCGGGUGCUCUCCAUCCAGAGCCACGUCGUCCGCGGCUACGUGGGCAACCGGGCGGCCACGUUCCCGCUGCAGGUUUUGGGAUUUGAGAUUGACGCGUUGAACUCCGUCCAGUUUUCAAACCACACAGGCUACCCGCACUGGAAAGGCCAAGUGCUGAACUCAGAUGAACUCCAGGAGCUGUACGAAGGCCUGAAGCUGAACAGCGUGAAUAAGUAUGACUACGUGCUCACGGGUUACACGAGGGACAAGUCCUUCCUGGCCUCCGUGGUGGACAUCGUGCGGGAGCUGAAGCAGCAGAACUCCAGGCUGGUGUACGUAUGCGACCCGGUGAUGGGGGACAAGUGGAACGGCGAGGGCUCUAUGUACGUUCCGGAGGACCUCCUUCCAGUCUACAGAGAGAAGGUUGUGCCGGUGGCAGACAUCAUAACCCCCAACCAAUUCGAGGCUGAGUUACUCAGUGGCAGAAAGAUCCACAGUCAAGAAGAAGCGCUAGCGGUGAUGGACGUGCUGCACGCCAUGGGCCCCGACACGGUGGUCAUCACCAGCUCCGACCUGCCCUCCCCGAGGGGCAGCGACUACCUGAUCGCGCUGGGGAGCCAGAGGAUCCGGAAGCCCGACGGCUCCGUGGUGACGGAGCGCAUCCGCAUGGAGACACACAAGGUGGACGCAGUCUUCGUGGGCACCGGCGACCUCUUCGCCGCCAUGCUCCUGGCUUGGACACACAAGCACCCCAACAAUCUCAAGGUGGCCUGUGAGAAGACCUUGUCGGCCAUGCACCAUGUUCUGCAGCGGACCAUCACGUGUGCCAAAGCCCAGGCAGGGGGAGGACUGAAGCCCAGCCCGGCGCAGCUGGAGCUGCGGAUGGUCCAGAGCAAGAAGGACAUCGAGAACCCGGAGAUCGUGGUCCGGGCCGCGGUGCUGUGAGGGCCCGCGUGCCACCCCCUAACGCACAGCGUGUCGGUGCGUCUGUCGUCCCUGUGAAAACGUAGCGUCUGCCUUAGAGCCGUGACUGAAACUUGGUAUUUUUUUCCUUCGUGAGUGUCCAGCAUCUACCGGUCUUAAUUGUGAAAAUGUGCUGGUCGUGCUUUUUAAAAAUCACAAAGCAAUCACAGAAAUCUGUAAUUCCGGGAACCCGGCUCCCCGUCCCCCAGGGCGCCAGCUCCGUGGGCCCCCGGUCCACGGGCGUGUCCCAUCCGAGCGGGCGAGAGCCGGGGAGCCCUGGGGUGUGUGCGCCCCUGAGAAAGGGUCGGGUCUUAGCCAUCUGCGUCUGGGAGAAUUUUGCCAAAUGUCUCUGUUGUCCUGCGACCCGCUCUUCUGUUCGUGCUUGAGACGUCUUGUGUCUUGUCACCUGGCCGUGGGGGGGUCGCCGGGAUUGCAUCACUGCAGGAACAGGGCGAUGCCAGCCGGCCCAGACAUGCCCUAGGGAUGAGCAAGGGCUUGUGAGGCUGGAACAGCUCAGCCCGUUGUGUUCCUUCCGGAACCUUCACCUGGUCCAGGGCACAGGGGGUUAAGUCUGUGUUUGCCACCCGUGGCUGGGGGCAGAUCUUGUGCCACGUGGUCGUGCAGAGGCAGGUAGAGGGCAGUGGGCACCAUUGGCAUAUUUAACCCCACGUGGGGACCAGUUACCCUGUGCGCUCACCCCUCCCCACUCGGUCCUGCCCUCCACGCCCGCCCGAAGCCCGUGUGCACGAGGCCCCCAGAAAGACGGCUGCAGCUCCUGCCCCUCCUCCGAGGAGAGAGUGUUGGCACAUCGGGGGAGGGGCAGAGGCAGAGGGCCUGGCCAGUGGCUCUCAGAUGCCCUGGGCGAGGGCCGCAGCACAGGCUAGACACCAGGCGGGUCAUGUGCUGCCAGGGCGACCUCUGUGGCCCCCCUUAAUUUUGAGGACCCCCAGGUGUGGCUGCAAGUAGGGGUGCCCAACUCCCCUCCUGCCCUGGGGAGAACAGAAGUUCUCAUCUCCCAGGAGCCCAUUGCCCGGAGGGAGACAGAGUCUGCAGCGUAGGGGGAAACGAGCAGACGCCCCACAGGGACCCCCCAACCCCGUCCCACUGGCGGGUCCUCUCCUGCAACCCGCACUCCUCUGUGGCCGGAACAGUGUCCCCAGACCCACUGCCACCUCCUAGGUAGGGUGGUGGUCAGUCCAUUGCAGACUCCUCGAAACAAAGAAAUACCAACGUCCGUGCUGUCUGUCUGUCCACGUCCUGAGUGUCCAGUCUCGAGCGCUAGUGCCCGGCUGCCCAUGCACGGGCUCGGUGGUUCGCGGCUCCCCACAGCGGCCGCGGGCUGGGGGUCUGUCAUCCCCUGUCGCAUUUCCUGGUUCUGAGAACUAGCCUCCACUGCGCAGAGCCCGGCCCGGCCCUCCCUGACCCAGGAGGAAGGGGAGCCCGUAGCCGGCUGCCUCCCCAGCAGGGUGAGCGUGGGGACCAGGGCUGCACCCGUCACUGCCAAACAGAGCUGGGGAGAUGGCCACACUUCUUUGUAAACACGGAGAGCAAGCACUCGGCAGGGAAGGAGCCUAAGCGAUCUCUCUGCGAUGAGAUGGGGGGCUCACGUGAGGGUACGGUGCAGGGCGGAGGGGCCGGCUGUGCGCACCAUGGCCUUGGAAACACUGCGAACGCUGCUCCUCUGCUCUCUGAGUUUUCUUUCAGGGGCUCAGCCUUUGUCUUACACAUGAUGCUUUUAUCCCCCCCCCCCCCAUACUGUACAUAGGACGAUAGUUAUUCCACUGUGAACUUCCUGUCAAACCGUGAACUUUCUGGCUGGAUCCUGGAUGUUCUCAUGUGUCUCCUCUGACUGUGAAGCCCCGACCGCUGGGGGGUAGGGGGGGACUUGAGCCCUCUGCCCCCAGCAGUGGGACCUCUGCGUCCCGAGAGCCCCUACAGGGUGCGGGGCUCCUGUAGAAACCUCGCCAGCUUCCCCCGGCAAAGCUGCGCGGGCCACGUGCUGCUGCUGAGCCCAGCGCCGUGUAGGGCUCGGUCCCCCAUCGUGGACACGCAGGCCCUGGCUUGUCUGUGCUUAGAAUUUCCCAUCCAGAGGUCAGUCGUGGUCACUAGCAGUGUUUUUUGGUUUUUUAUUUUUUUUUUUUACACAGGUUGGGUCCAAAUUAGAAUAAAUCUUUGUCUUUACUUUCCAUAGUUUAGUCACACGCAAAGUAAUAAUUAUAUAUUUUAAAAUGAGAAAUGUAUCGGUCCUAAGUCGCCUGCUUAUCACCAGAGUACAGAUUUCAAUACAGUUUUUCAAAGCUUCUGUAGACCUUAAGAAUGAAUUACAAACUACUCUUUUUUUAAAGCCAUUUUCGCAUCCUCGCCAAGUCUUGCAGAGGUAA